AGGCCCGGGCCGUGUAACAUGACCCGGCGGCCGGCCAUUGCGCCCUCCCUGCCCGCCCGCGGCCGGGCGCAGCUCGCCGCUCCCGCCUCCGCUCCCCCUGCAGCCCCGGCCCGCGCCGCCGCUCCCUCCCGGGGCUCCCGGGCCGCCGCGCUCCAACGCCCGCCUCUCGCCACUGCCUCCCGACGCCCGGCCGCGCGGCCGCCUGCGUCUCUUUCUCCCUCUCUCCUUUGAAAACUGAUCUUUGGCUCUUAGUGUGAAAGUGAUUUGAAUUUGGCUCGGCGGCGCUCUGCGCCUGCGCUCAGCCUCUGGCAUGCUGGCUCCUUCCAAGCAGCUGUUUUGGGUUUGAAAUUCCAACAUGGCAGAGGCUGCAGUCCGUCUUCCCUUCAAAAACUUGGAAUGAUUUCAAAUCAUAGGCACCUUCACUUAACCCUAGCUUCCAUUCAUCAGCAAACACAUCGGAUCGAUGCUACGCUAACCUAUCGGGAGCUCGCUCCGCGCGUCCAGGUUAAAUGAAUACCUGACGAAAGGGCCCACGUUUCAAGGCAGUGACAUUUGAUAGCUGAGAGGAAAAGUGGCUUUAAUGAAAAGCAACCUUUGGAAUUCCUGCUUGUGAGAAAAUCCAAUUCAGCUUUUUGUGCUACCAGCAAGAAAUGAUCAGUAGCACCAGUGUUUAUGGCUUGAAGAUGCAGUGGACGCCGGAGCAUGCCCAGUGGCCAGAACAGCACUUUGACAUCACCUCAACCACUCGGUCUCCAGCCCACAAAGUUGAAGCCUACAGAGGUCAUUUGCAGCGCACCUACCAGUACGCCUGGGCAAAUGAUGACAUAUCCGCUCUGACUGCAUCCAACCUUCUGAAGAAAUAUGCAGAGAAGUAUUCUGGCAUUUUGGAAGGUCCCGUGGACCGACCUGUUCUCAGCAAUUAUUCAGACACACCAUCAGGACUCGUGAAUGGUCGGAAAAACGAGAGCGAACCCUGGCAGCCUUCCUUGAAUUCAGAAGCCGUUUAUCCUAUGAACUGUGUUCCGGAUGUCAUCACUGCUAGCAAAGCUGGUGUCAGUUCAGCCCUCCCUCCGGUAGAUGUCUCUGCAAGUAUAGGGAGCUCCCCUGGGGUGGCCAGCAACCUGACAGAACCAAGUUACUCAAGUAGUACCUGUGGAAGCCACACAGUACCUAGUCUUCAUGCAGGGCUCCCGUCUCAGGAAUAUGCUCCAGGAUACAACGGAUCGUAUUUACAUUCUACGUACAGUAGCCAGCCCACACCUGCACUUCCUUCGCCUCAUCCAUCGCCACUGCAUAGCUCCGGGCUCCUGCAGCCACCGCCCCCUCCUCCUCCCCCACCAGCCCUGGUCCCAGGCUACAAUGGGACUUCCAAUCUCUCCAGCUACAGCUAUCCCUCUGCUAGCUAUCCUCCUCAGACUGCCGUGGGGUCUGGGUACAGCCCUGGUGGAGCGCCCCCACCUCCUUCUGCAUACCUGCCUUCAGGAAUUCCUGCCCCCACUCCUCUGCCCCCCACUACCGUUCCUGGCUACACCUACCAGGGUCAUGGUUUGACGCCCAUCGCGCCCUCUACUCUGGCCAACAGCUCGGCAAGUUCUCUCAAAAGGAAAGCUUUCUAUAUGGCAGGGCAAGGAGACAUGGACUCCAGCUACGGAAAUUACAGCUAUGGCCAACAGAGAUCGACACAGAGUCCUAUGUACCGAAUGCCCGACAACAGCAUUUCAAACGCGAAUCGGGGGAAUGGCUUUGACAGAAAUGCUGAGACAUCAUCCUUAGCGUUUAAGCCAACAAAGCAGCUGAUGUCCUCUGAACAGCAAAGGAAAUUCAGCAGUCAGUCCAGUAGGGCUCUGACCCCUCCUUCCUACAGUACUGCUAAAAAUUCACUGGGAUCAAGAUCCAGUGAAUCCUUUGGGAAGUACACGUCGCCAGUCCUGAGUGAGCACGGGGAAGACCCUAGGCAGCUCCUCGCUCAUCCAAUGCAAGGUCCGGGACUCCGUGCAGCUACCUCAUCGAAUCACUCUGUGGACGAGCAACUGAAGAACACUGACACGCACCUCAUUGACCUAGUCACCAAUGAGAUCAUCACCCAAGGACCUCCCGUGGACUGGAGUGACAUAGCUGGUCUCGACCUGGUGAAGGCUGUCAUUAAGGAGGAGGUUUUGUGGCCAGUGUUGAGGUCCGAUGCGUUCAGCGGGCUGACGGCCUUGCCUAGGAGCAUCCUUCUCUUUGGACCUCGGGGAACAGGCAAAACACUCCUGGGCAGAUGCAUAGCUAGUCAGCUGGGGGCCACGUUUUUCAAAAUUGCUGGUUCCGGACUAGUUGCGAAGUGGUUAGGCGAAGCGGAGAAAAUUAUUCAUGCCUCUUUUCUUGUGGCCAGGUGUCGCCAGCCCUCGGUGAUUUUUGUUAGUGACAUUGACAUGCUUCUCUCCUCUCAAGUGAGCGAGGAACAAAGUCCGGUCAGUCGGAUGAGAACCGAGUUUCUGAUGCAGCUGGACACUGUACUAACUUCGGCUGAGGACCAAAUCGUAGUCAUUUGUGCCACCAGUAAACCCGAAGAAAUAGAUGAAUCUCUUCGCAGGUACUUCAUGAAAAGACUUUUAAUCCCACUUCCUGACAGCACAGGGAGGCACCAGAUAAUAGUACAACUGCUCUCACAGCACAAUUACUGUCUCAAUGACAAGGAGUUUGCACUGCUCGUCCAGCGUACGGAAGGCUUUUCUGGACUCGACGUGGCUCAUUUGUGUCAGGAAGCAGCGGUGGGCCCUCUCCACGCUAUUCCAGCCACAGACCUUUCGGCCAUUAUGCCCAGCCAGUUGAGGCCCGUUACGUAUCAAGACUUUGAAAAUGCUUUCUGCAAGAUCCAGCCCAGCAUAACUCAGAAAGAGCUUGAUAUGUAUGUUGAAUGGAACAAAAUGUUUGGUUGCAGUCAGUGAUUCGGUCUUUCAAAGUUAAAAACAAGAACAACAACAACAACAACAACACCAAAAUGUAAUGAAUGUUGGCACACACACACACACACAUAAAACCUGCUACAUAGGGAACAGAGCCCCUUUCCAGUAGUGUUUCAAUUGCAGAGGGUACUGGGGAACACGAUGAUCGCGUUGCGUCUGUAGAGGCAGGGUAGCUUUGGAGGAAACGUGCAUCAGAUGAGAGCCUCUGAUUGGAAAGCCCCAGAUGACAGAGAGCGUAUCCAUGUGGAUGCUCGGAUCGGUUCCAGCGAGACCACACUCACCGAGAUGCAAGGUGCAAGUGUGUUGAUUUCAGAAGGACAUGAACCUCGUGUGUUGAUUCCAUUCUGCUGUUCUCGAGAUUUAGUUGCUGUCAAGUGCCUGGAGUGGUGCUUUAUUUUUUCGUUUGCCUCACAAUUACAUUGGUGGCAUGUGCUAAUAUAAAGAGCUUUAACUUCAAACAUUAUCGGACUAAAGAGAUGAACGGUCGUGUUACAACAGAAAACCAGAUAUUUUGCCAUUUUAAGAGCAACAGUAUUCCUCAAUCCUGUCUGUUCUGCAGUGUUAAGCUAAGAACAGGUAACACAGGGUAACGGUAAUCUGGACCUUAAUUUCUGCAGUUCAUUUCUUUUAAUGUUCUUGUCUGCAAAAACUCAGGAAAGUGAUUGUGAUUUGUCCAGUACCUCAAAGGAAUGUGUUAAAAGCACUAUGUACUGCUGAGAGUAAUAGGCUAGGCUUCGAUGUUACUUUAUAUUAAAAUGUAUGUUUACCUCAACAAUUGGAGAAUAGCAAGGAAAAUUACUUUGAAUGUAUCCGGAAAAAUUACUGAAGUGUGAUACAACUGAAUAUUUACCAUUGAAAGUAGAAAUGGAAGUUUUUUUUUUUUUUUUUUUUUUUUUUUUUAAGUUCUCUUACAAAAUAUGGGGAAGUAACCAGAGCAGAACAAUUAUUGAAGGGUUCUUAAUACAUUGCUCUCCUUGAUGAUUAGGUGAAAAUGUUCAUAAGAGUUACACUGGUUAAUUGAAGGCUUAUGUAUUCAGUUUGCGUUGGUGUUUAGAGCAGUCAGCCGCAGAUCUAUCUAGGACUCUGGAAGUGACAGAACGUAGAAACGUAACUGCCUUUUCCUGCUAUGGGAGAGGUGGUGGAGGUAGUGGAGGUUUUAAUUUGGAAGCUCUCUCUCUCUCUCUUACACUGUUGGGAAUGGGUGUCGCCAUUCUAGUCACUGAGAGUUUCUAGGCUUGCCAUGCCAUGUCACAGAAUGCAGAGGAUAGAACCAAAUCAAACACACAAGAAGAAGAAAAAAAAAAUUAACCAACUCUACAUCUCCACAGAGAACCUCUCCAUGUCCUCCUCCCUCGUCCCUCAUCUUGACUUCACUCUUCACAGUGCAUGUUGGCUUCUCAUCUUGAAACCCCCCGGCUGUAGUUCUCCCUCGUUCAUUUCUACCUCGGUUUCUUUAAGUUUCUUUUGGAAAGUCCAGUAAGAAGUUAGACAUGGACAUGUCGACCACAGUAGAGCUUGCCGAAUGUGGGACUUUUCUGUUUUGUCGUGCCGUUGUGUUGUGCAUUCUUCCAUCUUUUUCUUUUCUUUUUGCCAUAAUCUAGUUUCCCAAAGCACUAGUUUUUCAUGCCUUCCUACACUGCUGAACACUACCGCACGGCAUAUGUGGCGUUUCUCUCUCCAUCCCCACCUCUGCUCCUGCCUCCCACCAGGUCGUCCUUUGUCUCCUGUAAUGUGUUGUGUGCAGGUUUUCAUGGGAAGCUGGCUGAUGUUCAUCACUGCCUCUCACAGUCACAGCGCAUGACAGAGCUUUCCCCGGCAUUCCCUGUGCCGAAGCAGAACAGCCAAGCGUUUUGAAUGUAUUUUCCUGGGUUUUGCCCCUCUUUUUUUUUUUUUUUUUACUUUUUUCUUUUUGUUCGUUUUUUUGUUUUGUUUUAAAUAGUGAUGCAGUAACUGUUGCAAAGCACUGGCAUUUUGUGUAUUCAAUAAGUGAUGUAAUUUUAAGGUAAUUUUAAAUAAAUUCAAUGGCAGCCCCAUGAAAGGCCUUUCUGUUAUUUUUUCCCUUCAAAAAAAGGUUUUUUUUUUCUAGCUCAUCUGUAAAUUAUUUCUCUGAAAUAUUAACCCAGAGAAAAUAAAUGAGGACCUCAUGGUAUUUCAAAAUUUUAUGAUGUCUGAUUAGUAAUACUCCUCUUGCCGGUAGUGGUGGCGCACGCCGGUAGGAUUUGCUGAAGUAAUACUCCUCUUUAUUUUUCAUGUUGCUAAAACGGAGCAAAUGAACUAGAAUUUAAUCUACUCUGAAAGUCUAUCAAUGAACACUGUUCUUAAAUAUAAAUAUUCCAUAACUGAAAAGCAGUGCCUUUCUUUAAGGAUACAAAAAAUAAUAACGAGUCUAAGAUACUUCUGCUUUUUACAAAUGAAUAAAUGUUAGAGUCCUAUUCUGGAACUCCCCUGAGCACUGCCCAUGCUAAGGAGAUUGUAAUAUUCACUGACUCGCGGGCCCAUAUUGAUCUCAGUCACAAGUUAGCUUUCCCGCACAGCACUGAUCUCUCCUCUGUUUUUAAGACUUCACAACUCAUUUCCACCAAUAGGCUGUGUUCACUAAAACACAUCUGGCAAGCUGUGACAAACCCAGUCUUCUUUACUCAAGUUUCAAGAAUCCAAUAUCAUCCCACGUUUUGUGGUGUGUGGUUUGCGAGACUUAAUGCCAAAUACAUGAGAUGACAAUUGUUUUUUAUGUUGUUGUUGUUCUCACAAUGGUGAUAAUGAGCAGAAGUCAUACUUGUUGGCUUUCAGCUUUAAGUGGCUUUAAAUCUGUUUGAGAUGUGAAUGACUUGAGAUUAGUUUGAGAGAGAAAUGGUCUGAGAUACAUAUAUUUAGCAGAAGCUGAAAUUACAUGUGAUUUCCACUUAGCCGAGGCAGGUCUAGGAUCAUGUUAGCAAACUGGGAAAGUUGACUGUCUCACCAUCUACUCUAGUUUUUGAUUCCAUGUGACAUUGUUAUAAAGGCUUCCAUGGACUAGCCUAAUCAGGACCCCUUUUCUGGCCUUUGAAGAGCUUGGUGUAGAACAAGUUCCAGAUCUUCAGAAGUGGACAUGUGCAUUGAGUCCUAGGACAGCUGAGUAAAUGGGCCUCCUACUCUUGGCCUCUCUUGAACAGUUUAGAACUUGGAGGAGGAUCCUAAUGAGUGUAAGGUAAUGAACCAGUCAAUCCGCUCCUAUCCAGGGAGGAGAUCCAACCAGCCUUCUUGACAACCCUUAGCUCCCUUCCACACAACUGUAAUAACAUUUCCCACAGGGAUGAGAAGGAAACUACAUCCGUAGAAAGAUCAAUAGAAAUUCACGAGGUAGUUCAUAGUGACUUUAGAUGGGAUACAAGUGAAAAUCCUUUACUCUGGCAGCCUGCUUCCCUCCAAAAUAUUUAGAACAUUAGUGACGGUAUGCAGAACUGUGCUGACUGAGCUGGUCAAUGACAUGUGAAGGCAGUGGAAGUUAAGGCUAUUUACUUUCACACAGAAUGUUUAUCUAUUAGUCAGUUUGCAUUCGACUCAAAUGCAGAUAGACGGGUAUAAUGUUUUCUUGUGCAUUUGAAACCUAUCAAGGAGAAAAUAAACCAUUCCACUGAAAUACAUAGGCCAAACACCAUCUGGACAACUGAUAAAAGCUAUCCAGAGGCUAUACUAAAUGCAAGGUCAAUUUUCAUGGGUUGCUGAGUUCUUGGCUAUGCAGUUUUGAAAAGAAUACAUCAAAAAAAAAAGUCCAAAUUAAUUCUUGCAAUAGGUCAUUGUAAAUUUAAAUAUAUCUCUGAGUUGGGAAAGAUGUUUUGGAGGCAUUUAGAAUCUCUUUCUCUGAAAAUAUAUCCAACCCCUAAGCAGAAAGAUAUUUCUGUACCCCAACUCUCUCCUUUUUCUUAGCAAGAAUUGGGAAUCCUGAUAUAAAUCCAUAUUACAGAGUGAAAGGCACAUAGUUUAUUGAACUAUUGAAGCCACUAAAGUUCUAAUAUAUAUAUAAAUAUAAAUGUAAGUAUAAUUAGUGUGUGUGCGUGUAUGUGUGUGCUAUUUCCACCGCCACCUAUUUUAACUUUAAAACAAAUCAAUUUUUCACAUUAUCCAGAAGCAACUGGUUUCUUCUUUUUUCCUAUGUGCCAAAACACACAUCACUACUUCAAAAUUCCAUUUUAAUGUGACUUUUUUCCUUAAGAGAAGUAAAAAACUUUCUGUUUUGAAUCAUCGGUCGACUUAAUGAAGCAUUGUAUUGGCAAACAUGGAGCUGUUAGUAUUUCAGAAUUCACAGCCAGCUGUACUUGUGACUAACCAACACAUGAACUGAAGCUCACAGUCUGCUAAGACCUUUGGUUGACAUUCGAUUUUGAACCUGCCAGAUGCAUUUGUGUGAACCAGGGAUACUGCAUCUUUAAUGAAGAAGUCUCUCCUCUUUCCCCUGUUUUUAAAUACAACACAAGUAGUGUAGCACUCGGCACUGCAAUUGUCAAAGACAAUUAGACUGAGAGCGGGAAAAUUUCACCUCCCUGUCUCAGUGAUAUGUAGAAUGUCGGCAAUG